CAUGCUGCUGCACCAAACUGUAGAGUUGUGGUACUAUUUACUUGCAUUUCGAAAUUAUUUUACUGCGAAUCAAAGACGAAACACUAACCAUUCAUGUAGGACAGUUAUAUAAUGUUAAGCGAUGUAAAUUUGCAAUUUAUUUGAGCAAAACUUUUAGACCAUGGCUUCAGUCUACUUCAUGUUAAAACACGAGGGGUUUUCUGGCAGCAUCAAAAACUUCACCAGAGACUUUGUAGUGACGGAGAUAGACAUUUCUGGAAAUCAAGUCAGCAAAUCAACUACUUGUGAAGAUGUGGCCAGUAGUUUUGUUGAGAAAACUAGUCACUCUAGUAAGAAACUCGAUGCUUCAAUAUUAGAAAAGACUGAAUGCACAUCAGACCCACCCAGUCCAGAGAGUUUACAUUUGGGUGUAAUUUUGGGCCCAAUAAUCAAUGAUAAGCUCGAGCAGUUUGCAUCUUCUUUAAAAAGUGGAUGCUCGCCAGAUCAAGAGUUAAGUUUAGGUUGUUUCACUAACAAGCACCAAAGAGCAAACGUGCAUAAAGCUGUCAAACUUCACUUCCCAUUUCUGAUGACAAUAACCAAUCAAUCUGAGAUAAAAGUUAAAGAAAGCCAAGACUACAAAGAGCUCAGGCAACUGGUUUCUGAAGAGGAGGCGGAUGCAUUUUUCAGAUUCACAGAUGAUAAACUUAGUGGGUCCUCAUAUACUUUUUUACCUGAUGACAAUAAGGAACAUAGGACAGCUGUGCACCGCUAUCUGAGCAGAAGAUUUGGGAAGCUGGUGGAGACAAAGAGUUUCACAGAAAAGGGGGAAACUUCCAUCUGUGUGAGACUGAGAGAGAGAGGGAAGCCCAAGAAGAGGACAGCGGAGGACUGCAGGCAAGAAGAGAUUUACACAGCAUUCACUUUGUGUAAGGAGAAUCUGGAGACAUUAGAAGCCAUCAGCUACAUGGCAUCUGAGCUUGGAGUUCUGCCUUCAGACUUUACCUACGCCGGCAUCAAGGACAAGAGAGCCAUCACCUACCAGUCUAUGGUGGUCAAGAAGGUGUCUCCAGAGAGGUUGAAAAAGAAGGCUGCAGAGUUUGAACGAAGAGGGAUCCACCUUUUUGCUGUCCGAUCUGUCAGUGAACCUCUGAAGCUUGGGAGACUUCGUGGAAACCAUUUUGAUAUUGUUGUUCGGGACUUAAAACCACACAUAUAUGACGGGCCCGAUCCACUUGCCUAUACAGAGGUCCUGGUGAAGGCGGCAAUGGAAGCGGUCAAGACCAGUGGAUUUGUAAACUACUAUGGUCCACAGAGAUUUGGCAUAACCCAGAGAGUCCAGUCUGACCAAAUAGGGCUGGCACUGCUCAAAGAGGACAUGGUCAAUGCAGUACAUCUUUUCUUUACUCCAGACAAAGGAGACGAGCCCCAAAACCAAGCCAAACGCCACUUUCUUGAAACAGGAAAUGCGAAAGAGGCCUUGAUGUUGAUGCCGGAGUCCAAAGCGAGGGAGCGGCUAAUGCUUCGUGCUAUGAACCGUUAUGGAACAGGUCCAGAUGGCUGUACUCAAGCCUGGCUAAGUCUGCCCCACAGCACCAGGAUCUUCUACUUACACUCGUACUGCAGUAGAGUGUGGAAUGAAGCUGCUGCUCAUAGACUGAGUACUUUAGGCCAUAGUGUUAAACAAGGAGAUCUGGUGCAGGAGGUGACUGGCACAAUGGAUGACAGUGCGGACGCUAGCUCAAACCAGAUCCAUGUGGUAACAGAGGAGGAGGAGAGGGAGAGAGCCUACACACUGGCACAAGUCCACCUCCCGAUGCCAGGAAACACAGUGAAGUAUCCUGAAAACGCUAUGGGGACCUGGUACAGAGAGAGACUGGCCAAAGAUGGACUGGAGAGCUGCCGUUUCAGAGUCAGCAGCCUCAAACUGAAUGUGCCUGGCUGCUACCGCCCUCUACUGGCCUUUCCACGCAACCUCAACUACCAGCUGCAAAGAGAGCGAGGAGAAGGGGCGGAUAACUGCACAGAGGUAUCAGAUGGAGCGGGGAGUGACAAAGCGACAGAAGACCAAUUCAAACUAAAUCUGACUUUAAAUUUUGAUCUCCUCCCCUCCUGCUAUGCCACUGUGUAUCUCAGAGAAGUCAUGAAGUUUAUGGUGAAUUAGUAUGAAACACUUCUAUCAUUUUGUACCAUUUCUGCCUUUACAUUUUAUAACUGGAAGUGUAUUACUGUAGCCUACAAUUUUAGAAUAACAAAUGAAGAGUUAAUUUGCAAAAACAGAUAAGUCUCAUUUUUAAAAGGCUUGCAGUUUAAUCUUUGUAUUGCUUUGUUUUCAAAUGCUGAAUGUGCUUUACUGCCAUCAAAAUAUUUCAUUCCUUCUUAAUAAAAUCCACUAGACAUUAUGUUCCUUCAUAAUACAUGUAGCAGAUGGGACAAAAACUAAAUAUUUCUUGUUUUUUGCAACUGAACUUAAAUUUGCUUUAAUUCACACAAAAUAUUUAGUUAAUUGUUCAAAAUCAACUAUGAUAAAACAUUCUUGCCUGACUGGUUUUGAUAUUUUGCAGUGACAUCACGCAAAGGGUGUUCUACAUGAACGCGUAUGAUGGAAUGGCAAAUGGAGAAAUUCAAUGCCACAACUGAAGAAGCAGCUUGGAUGAACUAUGAAAUAUUUGACCAAAAUAAACUUUUGUCCAGUUGACAAAUUGAAUUUCUCCUUUUGCCAUAGAUUCUACCUGGAAGACUGAGGGAUUUUACACACAUGUAUGGUGGAAUAUUCACCAGUUACCAUGGUGACACAAUGCGCAAAUUAGUAAACAUUGUUUUAAGAUAGUCUGGUCCUGAUUAGGAGUUUUAUUUUCAACAAAAAGGUGAGAGUGUCUGUAAUGUUAUUUGAGAAGCAAGUCCUUCACAAAUCGGCUCACCUGUUCCAUCUAAGUCAGUUCUUUAUGCUGUCUUUAUCUUUAUCUUUCUGCUUCAGACAGAGCAGAGCCUACAGUUAUCUUCACACACCCUAAUGUUGAUAACAUCAGCUGCAAAGUAUAGGUAUAUUGAGCAGUGUUAUUUGAAGUUUGUUUAAUUUAGUGAUAUUCAAAUUCUAGAUGACUUAUAAGUAGGGAUGUAACGAUACCCAAAACUCACGGUACGAUAUUGUUACGAUAUUUUAUUAUUUAUUUUGGAGAAGCUAAUAGAUGUGUGGGUACGAUUUUUCUUGCUUUUGAAAUACCUUGACAAGACUUUGGUGCGACUCCUUACUGUCAUAAUCUCAAGAUUUAAACUAAAAAACAUUUCUUUAUGUUGUCUGUGCUGAAAUGAAUCAAGGGAUAUGUAGUUCCGUAUGCUUUUUAAACUGUUUCUACUAUAAAACAAGGCAUUUAAACAAAGGAACUUGCAAUUCGAUAUAUUGUGAUAUAUUGUGAGCCCUUUGACGAUACGAUAUCAUGAUAUUUCAGUUAUUAUU